AUGUCAUUCGCCCAUAAAGAGAAUCCAAAGGUUUUAGUCUUAUUCGAUGUUGAUGGUACUUUAACUCCAGCCAGAUUAUUCAUUUCUGAUGAAAUGAAACAAACUUUAGAAAAAUUAAGAAAGAAAGUUGUUGUUGGUUUUGUUGGUGGUUCUGAUUUAUCUAAACAAGUUGAACAAUUAGGUCCAACUGUUUUAGAAGAUUUCGAUUAUUGCUUUUCCGAGAAUGGUUUAACUGCUUAUAAAUUAGGUAAAGAAUUAGCAUCUCAAUCAUUUAUUAAUUGGAUUGGUAAUGAAAAAUAUAAUAAAUUAGUUAAAUUUAUUUUAAGAUAUUUAUCAGAAUUAGAUUUACCAGUUAGAAGAGGUACUUUUGUUGAAUUCAGAAAUGGUAUGAUUAAUGUUUCUCCAAUUGGUAGAAAUGCUUCAACUAAAGAAAGAAAUGAAUAUGAAGCUUAUGAUAAAGAACAUAAAAUUAGAGAAACUAUGGUUAAUGCUUUAAGAGAAAACUUCCCAGAUUAUGGUUUAACUUAUUCUAUUGGUGGACAAAUUUCUUUCGAUGUCUUCCCAACUGGUUGGGAUAAGACUUAUUGUUUACAACAUGUUGAAGAUGAACACUUUGAUGAAAUUCACUUCUUUGGUGAUAAAUCUUACAAAGGUGGUAAUGAUUAUGAAAUUUAUACUGAUCCAAGAACUAUUGGUCAUGCCGUCAACUCUCCUGCUGAUACCAUUAAGAUCUUAAACGAACUCUUUAACUUAUAA